GCACUGCAAGCUGCAUGACAGCUUUACCAUUCAGCAAGUGGACGUCUUCUUCAUCACAUGCCAUCAGCUGCUUGUAUACCUGCCUCUGUUUUGGAAACAGGCUUAGAUUAGUAUUAAGAAGUCAUGGCUUCUAGAGGAUCUGAUUCGGAGGAAGAUGCGUGGUCAUCUGAAAGUGAGGCCUCAUCUGAGAGUGAUGACUUUUCUGAAGAUGACACCAUUUCUGAAAGUUCCCAAAGUUUACAAAGUACAGAAUCUGAAAAUACAAAUACUUCUGAAUCUACUACUAAACAAAAGGAGGAGGCUUCAGGAAUGAAGAAACGUAUUUGCUUUUCGGAUGUCAUAUUCAGUUUUCUCUCUCAACAACUGUCAAGAUCAAAAUUUGUGAGUUUACUCAACGACUAUGUGGAGUCUGAGUUCUUUGUCAUUCAUGGAGACUCCUUGAUAAUCACGUGUGCUGCAAAUAGUUCCUUGUUACCAGGAGAGAGCUUACACUUUUUUUUCUUGGUGGAAAAGUUUCUGUUUAAUUUAACAAGCAGGCACGCCAGAUAUGUCAUUGUGUUUUUUCAGGAUUUUGAACACUCAUGCCCCCUUUUGAGGAGCUGGCGCACACAACUCAAACUACACCUUCAGAAAAAUACAAAUAUUGCUGUUCACACAUUUCCAAGCUUUCUGUGUGAAGAAUGGAAAACAUUUCUCAAAAAACAGGCUCCAUACUUCUUCAUGGUUUCUGACGAAGGACUGGACAAACAUCAAACAUUGUAUUUAAAUAUGUUAAUACUUCACGCUCUUGGAAAUCAGAUUGAGAUUGCGCUCACUGAUGCACAGGAAUCGGAUCACCUCAGAGUCUAUGGAUACUACAUCAAAUCACAUAUUAUCAUUAGGCAAUCCAUACAAAAGAUUGCUAUCCAUUUUGAGAAAGUACUUCAGGGAUUAAAUGCAACUUUUCAAAAGCAUGCAGAGCAGAGUUUUUUUCUUCAGUGCAUACAGGAGAUUGCGGGCAACGAACAGGUGCAGGAAUGCAUUUCUCUACUGUCCACAGUUUUUAAUGAGAAUUGUGAUGUGCGUAUUGCAACUUGUGUUUUUUCAUGCUCCUUGGCACUGAGAAUACAUGCAAGAACAGAAAACUCCCCUCAUCAGAAUGAUAAUUAUCCACACAUGACCCUUGAAGAAGCAGUUGACCUAUGUAGAAUGCAAUGCCUUUCUGUGGCAAUGAGGAUCAUUUUGCCACUUUGCCAGAGAGCAAAGUUAAGAAGAAUAAAAGCAAAAUGGAACAGAGAUGCUCUCUUAUUUUUACGCAUGCAACAAAGAUGUGAUGAGAUUGCAUUAGGUCUAAUGGAAGAGCACUGCAAAAAGACAGAAAUAAACUGGACUCAUGUUUCUGAUAUCAGCGAUCAUUUACUGCUGAAGAAUGUCGCCUAUUACUGUGAAAGAGAAUACAAUGCAGAUGUGAAGUUGGAAUUUGGGGAGAAAAUAAAUGAGCUGUAUACAUGUCUAUGGGACAGCAUACUGAAAUUAUUUCCACAAGGAGAACAUUUUCUGUCCUAUGAACUAAGAAGAACAGUGAAAAACUUUCUUACACCGGAGUCGUCUGUGAAUAUGAAACUAGAGGAUAUGCUUCCUACAGGCUUGUUACCUAUGCAAAGUGACAUAAUUGAAGAUUAUGCUGGGGAUACUUUAAAGGAAUUACCAAUGUUAAGCGAUGAUCCUGUUUUUUGUUCACUGGUAAAGAAAAAAACAUAUGAUGAACUUAGGCACUGGCAUACAGAUCGGCUACUAAGUGACGACUAUGACAGGACAAAGAAUGAGCAACAUGACAUAUUGAAAGACAAAAAGGCAUUAAGAAGUUACCAAAAACUCCAGCUACAUAAUCAUCGAUAUGGACAAACGUUAGGGGUGAAAACAUCAACAAAAAUAAUAGUGCAACAAGAUCAACCAGAAGAGAAAAAGUAUGUUCAUAAAGCUCCUGAUAAGAAAAAAACACCUCAGAUGAAAAAAGGUGAUCAAAUAAAAGAAGAGAACUCAAGGAACAGAGAGGCCAUUAAAGAAAACAAAGAGCAAGAGAAAUGGAACAACUUGACAUCAUCUUUAAAAAAACAACUCAGGGGAAAUUUUAGCUCUGGAGUAUCAGAGUUGGAAAAAUCAAUGAAUUCUUUGCAGACAAAUUCUGUCAGAUAUCGGGCACAGAUAGAUGCACUAACCAUGUGUUUUGAAAUAUGGCUUGAACACUGCAAAACUGUGUCUGAAGAUAAGAAAGAUAUGAAUAUUGCAGUGGAAAUUAUGAAGAUUAUACAGUCUAUCAUGGCUAAAUACAAAGAUAUGUUACAAAGGGCAGAUAAACACAGGAUAGCUGCUUAUGUUAGCCAACUGGGUUUUCAGAACCUGUCCCUUUCAUUGAAGGACACUGAGGAGCCUAUCAAAGAAAGUAAAAAACACAGUUACGGAGUUGGAGUUGGAGUUGGAUUUGGAGUUGGAGUUGGUUCGGCUCGUUUUCAGAUGAAAUACAUGGGACCAUACUUGCAGAGAGAUGAGAGGUCAGACCCAGACCCGAGAGUGCAGAAUUUCAUACCAGAUACAUGGCAGAGGGAACUCCUUGAUGUGGUGGACAAUAAUGAAUCUGCAGUAAUAGUGGCUCCCACUUCUUCAGGAAAAACAUAUGCCUCUUACUACUGCAUGGAGAAAGUGCUAAGACAAAGCAAUGAAUCAGUUGUGGUUUAUGUUUCUCCUACUAAGGCUCUUGUAAAUCAGGUUGUAGCCACUGUAACAAGUAUGUUCAACAAAGAUCUACCAAGUGGUAUGGCAUUAUGUGGAGUUUUCACAAGGGAUUAUCGCAAUGAUGCAUUAAAUUGUCAGGUGCUGGUGACAGUUCCACAAUGUUUGGAAAUUCUUCUGUUAUCUCCUCAUCGGCAAGAUUGGGUGAAAAAAAUCAAAUAUUUUAUAUUUGAUGAGGUACACUGCUUGGGAGGAGAGCUUGGAGCUGAAGUUUGGGAGCACCUACUAGUCAUGAUUCGUUGUCCAUUCUUGGCUUUAUCUGCAACAAUUAGCAACCCAGAGCACCUCACUGGGUGGCUUCAAUCAGUCAAACAUUACUGGCAGCAAAUUGAUGAAAGGGAAGACAGUCUUGUGGUAAAUCCACCUCAAAAAGGAAGACAAAAUAAACUGCAAAAAACAAAAAAGAAGUCUUACAGAGUUCGAUUAGUGCAUUAUGACAAGAGAUAUAAUGACUUGGAAACAUAUAUUUGUUCUGUUCAAAAUUCCAACGUUACAUCUGAGCAUUACCAUCCAUUUGCUGCUUUAACCAUAGACCAUGUAAAGAACUAUGGAAUCCCAAAAGAUCUUACAUGUUCCCCUCGAGAAUGCAUACAGCUAUAUGACACUAUGGCAAAAGUAUGGCCAACAUGUGCAAGUAUGAAGACUUUGGAUCCAGAAGAGAAUAUACACCUAAAGGACAAAUUAAUAAUCACCAAAAAUGAUGUGAUAAAAUAUAAAGAGGCCCUUAAAAGCGAAUUAGUUGACUGGAUUGAAAAGGGAAAUUGCGCACAAGUUUCAGAGGUACUGGAGAUCCUUAAACCAAAUGAACCAACUGAUGAUCUGGACAGUAUGCAAUAUUUUCCUCAACUUAUUGAAAAACUAAACACAAGCAACAAACUACCUGUUCUGAUUUUUGCAUUCUCUGUGGGUAUGGUGGAAAGAUUGGCAAUACAGUUGGAUAGUCAUUUAGAAGAAAAACAGAAAAAGAAACAAACUCUUCAGGAUGAGAAAGAAAUUAGGAAGUUAGAAGAAAAAGCAGAAAAAAUAGAAAAAAGUAUACAGCCAAGUUGCAGUGACUCGUUUGAUUCAAAACGUUCAAAUGCAACUACAAGGAACCAGGAGUCUCAGAUCACUCUGCUGGAGAAUUACAAAAUAUUAAAGCAGAAAAUUGAGAAGCUCAAAGAAACACCCCCAGACUGUACCUAUGUUGAUGAAAUGGCUGCGGAUGAGAAGACAUUGGAAAACCUGUAUAGAAGAGUGACAUUCUCAAGGGACGCAUCUGCUCUUAUACCACUCUCUAAGAGAGGCAUUGGUUACCAUCAUGGAGCAGUUGAUGCUAAGGGGAGAACAUUUGUAGAAAUGCUGUUCAGAAUGGGAUACAUUAAAGUUGUAACUGCUACGGGCACACUUGCACUGGGGAUCAACAUGCCAUGCAAAUCUGUGGUUUUCUUGCAUGAUUCAAUUUACCUGGAUGCUUUGAAUUAUAGACAGAUGGCCGGUCGUGCUGGAAGAAGAGGACUGGAUCUAGAGGGAAGUGUAUACUUCUUCAACAUUCCAGUGCCAAAAGUGAAAAAACUCAUGAAGUCCAAUGUUCCAGAGCUAAGGGGCCAGUUUCCUCUGAGUAUUUCCCUUGUACUAAGACUAAUGCUGCUAGCAGCCAAAGCAGAUGACAAAGAAGACGCUAAAGCUAAAGUUUUAUCCGUUUUGAAGCAUUCCCUUAUGACAUUUAAACACCAAAAUGAAACACAAGUGUUAAAGCUUUACUGUGUAUUCUCUCUGCAGUUCUUGCUGUCUGAGGGAUAUCUGAAUCAAGACUGUUAUCCCACAGAAUUUACAGGACUUGUUACCCAUCUACACUAUCAUGAGCCAUCCAAUUAUGUAUUUGUCUCUUUUCUUGAAAAAGGUCUUUUUCGUCAGCUGUGUAAGCCACUUCCCGAAGACUCAACAAAAUUUCCAGAUUCUGUAAUGGAAACAUUAGUUUUGAUACUGGCAAACCUAUUUGGAAGACUAUAUUUAUCACCAUGCAGGCGUUCACUUAAAGAAAAGUUUUAUCAAUCAAAGGUUUUUCUAGAAAAACUCCCUACAGACUUUGCUGCUGCUGUUACAGAAUAUAACAAGAAGGUUGCCACAGUCUUUGGCCAUUGCAUUCUUACAGCUUCCAAGCUGGCAGAUAUGGAGAAAGAAUAUCAGCUACCGCUCACACAAAUCAGUUUUUCAGGUAAGGAGUGCAUGGAUUCAAGACUUGUGGAUCAUCUCAUGUCACACUCCGAAGGAAGAAGUGGCAUAUCCCCAUUUGCAUGUCUGUCUGGAAAUACAGAUCAUGACUUGAUGAAAAUGAAAAACAUAAGCAGUCUUAUGUUGCAAACAGCUCAAAUACCUCAAAAGUAUAUUCCUUUAUUGCAUCCGACAAGAAGAGACCUUGGUGGAAGAAAAAUGUUUCUUAAUUCGUAUGCUCUUGAUUUUUUCAAACAUGGCUCCCUAUCAGCAAUUAUAACGGACAAUGGGCUUAACAAAGGUGAUGCAUAUCAACAACUGAAAGACUUCAAACUAACCAUUGCAUCCAUAAGUGUAUCCUUGAAAGAAUUGUGUGAAGAUGAAAAUGACCCAGUCGCCUUGGCAUUUGACCAGUUGAAUACAAUGUAUUCUGAUAAAUUUAAUGCAGUGUAGAUAACAGCAUUUCCAGCAAGAAAACAUUGCAAUAAAAAGUUAAACUUGUA